AUGGCAAAGGCGACAUCCGAGGUUCUUUCACUUGGUUCUGAUGUUAUUGAUGAACCUGAGUAUGCAUCAUCUAGUCAAAACAAUGCAUCAUCUAGUGCAGUUAACUCUAUGUUCUUGCAUCAGCGUUGUGCAUGUCAUAUUCUCAAUCUGAUUGUCAAGGAGACACUAAUUACUCUUAAGCUUUUCAUAGAAUCAUUUAGAACUGCAAUAUCAUUCUUAAAUUCAUCUAAUCAGAGAAUUGCUGCAUAUAAAAGUUACUGCAUUGCAAUUGGUGUUAGACCUAGAAAGUUUCAGCUGGACAUGGAGGUUAGGUGGAAUUCUACCUACCUAAUGCUUAAACAUUUGUUUCCUCAUAAGUCCCCUUUCACUACUUUCAUCCAAGCUCAGUAUCCUAGGGAUAAAGGUGAGCCCUUGCUGUUAACUGAAGACCAUUGGAUGGUGGCACAAAAAGUACUAUCAUUUCUUGAGUUGUUUUAUGAUGCAACUGUUACAUUGUCUGGUGUGUACUAUCCUACAUCUCCACUUAUGAUUCAUUAUCUUGUUAAGAUUGCUCUACACCUAAAAAAUUAUGCUAAUGAUGUGCACAUCAGAUCUGUGGUGCAACCUAUGAUAGACAAAUAUAAUAAGUACUGGAGGAACUUACCUUUGCUUUACUCUUUUGCGUUCAUUUUGGACCCUAGAGCUAAAAUGAAGGGUUUUAGUAGGGUGCUUAGAAGAUUGGGUGGUCUCACCAGUACUGAUUAUUCUUCUUAUUUGGUUGGCACUCGAGCUAGACUUGCUGAUGUUUACAAUAAAUAUAAUGAGAAAUAUGGUGCUGUUAGGUUGAGGAGGACUGACCCUCCUGUCCUGUCUGGUAAGUCAAGGUCUGCUUGGGAUGAAAUAUAUGAUGAUGAUGGUGUUGCUGUUUUGGGUAGUGGUAUCUUGCCUGGUAAUCCUAACAUGUCUAGAGAUACAUCUGCAACUUCUCUGCUGCAUGCAGUGAGGUCAUCAUCUUCUAAUGCUUCUGAACUUGUGUCCUACUUGGAUUGUGACACUGUCAACCACCUAACUGAUGACUUCAACAUCUUGGACUGGUGGCAUCAGCACAAACUAACGUAUCCAGCAGGAUUAUCGAGGAGUGGCGAAGGAAAUCUGAAGCCUGAAAUGGUGGAGAUGCUGACCUACAUCAAGGACUGGGAGGCUACAGAAGCAAGGAUGCAACAGAAUAUGGAGGACAAGGAGCUUGAACAAGCAUUUGAAGACCUUUAUCUUGAUUCAUGGUCAUUUAUGUAA